AUGGCUUUCGACACGGCUUCUGAUCCCCCUUCCAAGGGGAUCGCUGAUGAGCGAGGCGCCAAUCUUGUCGCCGAGCCAGGUAUCCCGCGAGGUCGCGCCGCCUGGUUUGGCGGCCCCAAUGUUCGAAUUGGCCCGCGCAUUGCACCUAUAGUCGCCCCCAUUGGCUCCGAAACUGCCGCCACAUCAAGCAGCGAUCUCAGCAAUGCCGAAGAUAUCAUGCUCAAGCAAAAGAGUGACGAGGAGAAUUGCGCUAUCCAGUACCGCACUUGUAGUUGGCAAAAGACUGCUGCACUCUUAUUCUCCGAAUACAUUUGUUUGGCCAUUAUGAGUUUUCCCUGGUCAUACAGUGUUCUUGGCCUGGUGCCUGGACUCAUCCUCACUGUUGUACAGGCUCUGCUCGUCCUCUACACUUCAAUCAUCUUGUGGGAGUUUUGUUUGAGACAUCCCGAGGUUCGCGACGUGUGUGAUAUCGGUCAAAUGCUCUUUUGGAACCAAAAAUGGGCUUGGUGGUUUACAGCCGUCAUGUUUGUUUUGAACAAUACCUUUAUUCAGGGCCUUCAUGUUCUCGUUGGAGCCAAGUACAUCAACACCAUGAUUGGUUCGGGGGAUCCAGGCGUGUCUUGCCAGACUGUUUCUUUUGGAAUCAUCGUUGCCCUCAUUUCUUGGCUCUGCUCUCUGCCUCGAACAUUCGACAUGCUUUCCAAGCUAGGAACUGCUUCAGCCUUUUUCACGUUCAUCUCGGUCAUUCUAGCCACCAUUUUUGCCGCCAUUCAAGCUCACCCGGCCACAUAUACCGAAGAAUUGGGCAAUCCAAUCGUCACGGCCAUUCCAAUUGCCGGUACAACCUUUGUCUCUGGUCUCAAUGCGUUUCUCAACAUUAGUUAUACUUUUAUCGGUCAAAUUACGCUGCCCAGUUUCAUUGCCGAGAUGAAGGAACCCAGAGACUUUCCAAAGGCUUUGUGGGCCUGCACGAUUCUCGAAAUCCUCGUCUUCAGUAUCGUGGGAGCUGUUGUGUAUGCCUAUGUUGGCAACCAGUACAUGACUGCGCCUGCAUUUGGAUCGCUCGAACCCCUGUUCAAAAAGAUUUCAUUCUCAUUCAUGAUCCCGACAUUGAUCUUUCUGGGCGUUCUUUACGCCUCGGUUUCGGCCCGGUUCAUCUUUUUCCGCAUCUUCCAAAACUCUCGCCACAAGAAUGAACAUACCGUGGUUGGCUGGGUCAGCUGGUCUGGAAUUCUUUGCAAGUACCCCGUGGCCACCUGGAUUUUGGCUUUCAUUAUUGCCAACGUUAUUCCAUUCUUCAGCUCAUUGCUCUCUCUCAUGUCUUCGCUUUUUGACUCAUUCUUUGGCUUCAUCUUUUGGGGAGUGGCAUACUUUCGCAUGCGACGGGCCGAUGGAUCGGUUGCCAUUACGGGAGAUCGCUCGUUCCGUGGCUGGUUUGAGGGUGCGCUCAACAUUAUUAUAAUCAUUACUGGAUUCUUUUUCUUGACCGCCGGAACAUAUGCUUCAGUCGAGGGCAUAUUACUUGAAUUCGAAGCCGGCACCGUCGGCAGCGUUUUCCAGUGCACGAGUAAUGGUAUUUAA